AUCGGACCGCCCGGGGCACUGAACACACCCUGUCGUCGGAGUUCUGGGCCCCUACCCUGCGCCACCCGCGCCGCAUGGGGCGCGGGGCCGCCCGCUGCAGCGGCUUGGCGCCGGGGCGGCGAUGGGCGAGGCCUACGACCCCUUCGGCGACGGCCCCAGCGGCGCCUGCCCAGCGCCCCCGCGGGCGCCUGAGCCCCCGCUCAAGCGCCCGCGGCGGGAGGCCGGGCCGUCGCCAGACAGGGAGGCGGCUGACGCCCGGAUCCGCAGGAGGAACCCGCACAACAAGCGGAACGAGGAGCUCAUCGGGUUCGUGCGCCCCGUCUCGUCGAAGCAGGGCGUGCGGGUCUGCGUCCACUUUCUGCAGAACGACUGCCUGUGGGGAGACAAGUGCCGCUUCUCGCACAAUCCCGAGGAGCUGCGCGCCGGCGCGCCCGAGACAACCGCGAUGAGCUUCUCAGACCUGGAGGUCGGGCUGGUGACGCGGGCGAUCUCGGUCCCCCGGGCGCAGCUGAGGUACCUCACGACGGAGGGCACCAGGCAGCUGCUGGUCUCCGUGUCUGGCGUGUCGGAGGUGACCUGGGACGCCGACGAGGCCAAGAUGACGCUGUCGGGACACGCGGCGCAGGUGGAGAACGCCGAGAAGCUGCUCAGGCGCGUCGUCACCCACUGCAACUGGGGCAUCAGCGAGGAGCAGGAGGAGGAGGUCGAUGUCGACAACGGCGAAGGUGCGCAGCCUGCUGAGCGCGCGGGAGUGCGUCGCGGCGCGGCUGACGCUUGCGCCGAUGGUCCCCGCGCUGAAGCAGGCGGUCUUCAACCUCUCCGCGGCGAACCCGCAGGUGACCAUCGGAUCAGGCGGCGGCUGCGACCUGCUCGUGAAGGGCCCGCUGAUGUCCAGGUCCCACGCCGUGCUCGAGCUCGUGCCGGACAAGG